UUUAUACUGGAUUGUGGAAGAUUUAUUAAAGCACAUAGAGUUGUAUUAGCAAGUGGUAGUGUUUAUUUUGAUAAAAUGUUAAGAGGUGGUUGGAUAGAAGGUACAAAUAAGAUUAUUAAAUUAAGUAAUUGGAAUUAUGAAACUUUUAGAUCUAUACUAUAUUAUAUUUAUACUAAUAAAUUAAAAUUUAUAUCAAUAGUGAAAUGA